AUGAAAGCAACACAAGUACUCACCAUUGAAGAUCGUAACCGCCGAAUCCCCCUAUAUUGUAUCUUUUGCUGCUCUCGGGACGGAGUCGAAGUCACGGUAGCAAAGGUUGUCCAACAUAGCAUCCAUUAUGGAUAUCGUUUUGGAGCUGCACAUGUGAUUUGCCCCGAGACACCGUCAUGCAAUAGUACCCAUGUGAGUGUAACUACAAAUCCUAGUGACUUUGACAUUGCAGAAGUGCCUUUUCUGAGCAUUGAAAAUGAGGAAAGAAGAGAUGAGAACUUCCCCUAUAAUCUCACUGUUUGCAUUUCCAAUGUACUUGGUGCUGAAAACAACAAUGCACUACAGUUCAUCCAAAUGGUGGAAAUGUACAAGCUUUUGGGUGUACAGAAGAUGGUUAUCUACAACACGACUUGUGGUCCUGACCUGAGGAGGAUGUUGCAUUACUACCAAGAUGAGGGGUUUUUGGAAAUUGUGAUGUGGCCCAUCAGCAAUUUCCUUGUUCCAGCAACUGGGUGGAAAUUCAAGGAGCUCAAGGGUGAUCUCCAUAACUAUGGCCAGAUAACAGUUAUGAAUGACUGCAUCUAUAGAAACAUGUACAGGUCUCGUUACGUGUUGCUAGCUGAUAUGGAUCAGAUCAUCAUGCCAUAUGAACACACCAACCUUCUGCUUGUUCUACAGGAAUUACAGAAGCAGCAUACCAAUGUAACCGUCUUUCUCUUUGAAAAUAACAUUUUCCCCACGACUUUAUCAGAUCAAAGAAACAGAUUUUAUGACCCAGUGUGGAAGGCAGUCCCAGGAGUAAACAUGCUGAAGCAUAUCUACCGUAUACCUGUUUCAGAUGGUAUCGCAUCUACCAAGAUGAUUGUGAACCCAAGGGCAAUUGAGCAAACUGCUGUUUUUACUGUUCUGAAAAUGUAUGGCGCAACUUUGCAUGUCCCACCCAAUAUGUCAAGAGUAAUGCAAAUCACUGACCCUGAACUUGGAGAUUUAUCCAUGGAGCGUCUCAUACUUGAUGAGAGAAUAUGGGAUUUUGAGGAACUUCUGAUUCCAAGAAUUAAUGAAGUUGUGCAUAAAACAAUGGCAAAUUAUUCAUUUUGA